AUGCCUGUUGUAUCUGUGCGAAUUAAAGCAGAAAAUAAUGUAAAAGUAAACUGGAUUGGUGUUCCCGUACCUGAAAAUAUUACAGUAAGGCAGUUUUAUGAAGACCUUAUUGUGGGAAAAAUUGUUCAUGAAGUGCAGUUGAAUAAUGAAGACCGUUUACAACCAGUUAAAGUAGAGUUUUCAUCUAACACUACUGGACCUUUUAAUGUUGUUAGUAUGGAAUGUAACAUGGUUGAGGCAAUUGAAGCUUGGGGAAACAGAGUGCAAUAUUAUCAAACAAAUAGCCAA